AUGGCCGGGUACGUCAAUUGUCGCUCCGUCCAGCUGCGCGCCGUCCUCAACUCUCCCGGACUUCACCGCCGCAACAACGUCCCCCACUGGCAGCGCGUGCACCAGACCCACGACGGUCUCCGUCAGUGGCAGAAGGGCCCUCGCGCCAAGUUGAUGCUCUACCCCUACUACGCCCUGCUGGCCUCGACCUCGGCUGCCACCAUGUACAUGAUGGGCAGAAUGGUUCUCGGCCACAAGACUUGGUUCUCCAGCAACUAG